GAAAAGACGUACUUUAUCGCUGCUACAAGCAUUGCUAUAAACUUUAAUUGUUAAAAAUACUGUUUCCUCUUGCAUUAUUUAUAAGUUUCUGGCUCCAUGGAUUUAUUAAUUUACUAUUUCAUUUAGUGAGCAAACUAUUGUGUAAAAAGUUUAAUAGUGUUUCAACGACGAGGCGGAAAUUAUGGAAGAAGAACCUGGAGCUGAAAAUCCAAUGGAAAAUAAUGGCAACAUGGCAAAGAAUUCAAGUAGUGAAAUUUUGAAGUCAGUCAGUAACAUCAAUGCCACACCCAAAACCAAAAUCAACGCCACAAUAUAUGUUCCUCAAUAUCAAGCAAAUGUACUUCAAAAUCCCAUAGAAAACUACAAACGCCCAGUGGAUAAAUUAUGUCUUAUCGUUUUCGGAAUUGCCAUAGCUGUGUGGAUGACCAUCUGUACUUUAGGAAUCAUGGCACCUCUAAAACACGCCAAUGACUUUAUGGCUAAGUAUUUUACUCUCCUUCGACUCUGUAUUAAUGCACCUGUACUAAGAUUUUCGUAUGGAUUCAUAUUGAGUAUUAUAACGAGUGUCACAACCAUAUGUUUAUGCACAUUUCUAAUAGCGAGAUUUACUAAAUUCUUCAUCAAAAUUGGUGUAGGAUACUGUUUGUUAGCCACGAUUAUACUGUGUUUUCAAACUGUAUAUAUAACAGUGUUGAUAUUGUCAUCUAGCGAUCUCCAUUUAAUUUUAUCACUCACAUUAUAUGUAGUGCCUAUUUCCAUAAUGUUAAUCUACUUGGUCGUUGCUACCUUUUGUUACCUAAAAACCGACAAAAGUGUACUUAGUGAAUUAAUUAAGGAUUCUUAUCAGGCCAUACUCUGCAGACCUUCAAUCGUACUUUUCGUCAGCAUUUCUACGGUAUUAUUAGCGUUGCUGUUUUCAUUUGCUGUCAAUGCACUGCUAUUCAAUAUAUUUUCCUCGCGCAGUGUGAGCUUUAUUAUAUUGAACGCAAUCAUCAUAUUAUUCGGUGCAAUCUUUGUGACGAACUUUUACUACAGCUUAGUUAUUUUGAUAGUAACUGAGUACGCUAAUUAUUAUUACUGGAAAAAAGAUGAAAAUGCAUCAUACCUUCUUCGACAGAGUGUAGCAAACGCACUGAGGAAUCACAUUAAGUCCAUUACGUUUAUGUCUACUCCAUUCAUGCCGAUCAUCUGCACAAUAAUUCAGGCUUUCAAACACACAAGAUCUCGGCGAAAUAAUGAACAUUCGAUUGUGUAUUUUGUGAGCAAAGUUAACCUUAUGUUCAAGAUGCCCGAAAUUGCUCUAAUUUUCAUGACAUUCUAUAGAACCGGUUACGUAAAAUCUGUGAAAACAGCAUUUGAAGUGGUGUUACGCCGAUCCCCACUGUUCUUGGCUACAUUUACGGUCUGCGACAGUCUAAUUUCUAUAUUAUCGAUGUUAACGAUGAUUGGAUCAGUAAUUGUGUAUACUAUAGUUCCUGCUGGAGAUCCCAACACCAUUGAAAACAUACAAAAUACUGCUUUCAUUAUCCAUGGAUACAUUUAUCCAAUGAUAUGCUUUACAGUUUUAGUAUCGGCUACUGUGAAAACUAUGUUAAUCAAUAAAAUUAUAAUAUUAAAUAAAGAGGAAGAAGUUACUCAAGAACAAGUUCAAAAAGUUAACUAUGCAUAAUUAUUUGAACUGUACAGUGUUCACAAUCUUACAGUUAAUAAUUCAUAUAAUCAACAGUAAUCAUUUUAUACAAUACAAAUAUAUUAUGUAUUGUUCUGAUAGUCCAUUUCUAUUUAUUGCUAAAAGAGUAUUUUUGUAAAGUAAAAUAUU